GUUUGACAGCGCCAUCGCAGAAAGGCCAAAAAUUGUGUUGAUAGGGGCAUCGCACAGAGAUUUCGUGCUGAAUUUUGGGGCUGUGUGCCAGAAAAAGUGGAGUUUCAGAUUGACUAUCGCGAAUGUGGGGGCCCGUGAGUGUUUUGCACUAGUGCACAGACGCACUGCACGCGAGAGGAGCCCGAAUUUCGGGUGGCAAAGUGCUUGGGACAGAGAGUAGCCUUGUUGUUGUUGCCUCCGUUCGCAACAAAGUCGCGACGACAGCAGAGGCCAAGCAGCCACAGAAUAGGCGAGAAACGUAGUUGAUUUGCGUAUCGGCAGCUGUACGUGAAAAUUCAGGUGUCGCUGGGACUGUGGCCGCGGUGAACAAUUGUCCAGCACACGCAAUUUGUGCGCCAGGGCAGCGCGCCGUGGAGGCUUAUGUGAAGCAGUGGGGAAGGCUUGUAAAUAGUGUGUGACAAAAGGAAGACAAACUCUCUGUGACGCGACAUGAAACUCUAGUUUUUCGGGCCCCCCUUCACGGGGCCCCCAAAGGAGUUGUUGCAUCAGUGUCAAUUGAUUGCAUUGCACAUCAACACUGCGAGCUCUAAAGAAGACGAAGAACAAGAAGCAGCAGCAGCAGCAGUAAGAUAGAGGAAGAAUGGAUCAAAUCUUCUACUCACCCCUCAAUGGUGUUCCAUCUGAGAGCAAAUUGGCAACUUAUAUGAGUCGACAAAAUGUCACAACACCGACUUAUGGAUUGUCAUCGGGUAUAACGAAACUGUCUCUGGAAUCGCCAAUUUCAACAAAAAAGACUCAGGUAACGCCACAAUCUCCUGAAUUCAUUCCACGUCUCAAUUCAUCGCCGAGCUUCUACUCUCCAUAUUCAUCUGUGAUCGCAAAUGGGGGCGGUGGAUCCAAUGGGGGUGUCGUGGUGCCACCGAUUGUGGCGAAGCCAACGUCUGUGUUAGGGGCUCCGUGCCCGUCCACCGUGUACAAUGCUGUGACGCCGAUCAAGAGUCGCAACUUGAUGCGCGGCGACUCUCCGCAGAGUACAAAUGACUCACCGCGCCUCACGCCGCAGCCCUCACCGCCGCCAACGACUGCGAUCCAUCAGGAGAAUGUCGGCGGCACUACUUACUUCUAUCCGGCCGCCGCGGCUGUGGCGCAAACCACCACCAGCCAGGCGUGCAGCUCCACGAGCUCCGACACGAAUGGGCGCUAUGGGCACCACAGCAGUGCCCAGAUGAGCCUCUCGUACUCGCAUCCGGGCCAUGUGUAUCCCGGCCCCGCGUCCAGCGUGCUCAGUCUGCAGCCCAAGACCCUCCUGUCGUCGGCCUUCUUCAUGCCGGCGGAGAUGCGCAGCAGUAUUCAGGGCAGGAAUGCCAUCAGCAACAACAUGGAGACUGGCGGCAUUGAGCUGCCACUCGAGGUGGACAACUACCACGGACUGUGCCCCCUGGAGCCGAUGGCGGUCAAUCUGAAACUCCCGGUGCCCGCGUCCUCGUACAAGGCAACCCACAGCAACACAGGAGUCAAGUACUUCUUGCGUCGAAUUCAUGGUUUCCGUCUGCAAUCUGCGAAGUUUAUGAGUGUGGUGGAAAUGUGGAAGAAACUGCAACAUUCUAACGUGGUCCAAUUGCGAGAAGUAUUCACGACAAAGGCAUUUGGAGAUCACUCUCUUGUGCUCGUCUAUGACUACCAUCCUGGUUCUCAGACGCUCCUGUCGAAGUAUUUUACACCAUCCGUUGAGACGAACGGAUAUGCUGACCCGUUCUCGGGUGAGGCGCGUCCUUUCAGUCACAAGAGCAGCCUUCAGAGGACUGUGAAUGGUCCGAUGUUGGCGGAGAAUGAAAUAUGGUUCAUCAUCAUGCAACUAACUGCUGGUCUCCGUGCAAUACAUCAAUCGGGACUGGCGUGCAGAACGCUAGAUCCCACGAAAAUCAUCGUUACGGGAAGACGAGUGAGAUUUAGUUGUUUAGGCAUUUCCGAUAUUGUUUCCUUCGAUCCGAAUCAGGCUAAUCAAUUAGCGGUCAUUUCACACUAUCAACAGGAGGACUUGACGUCUCUGGGUAAGUUAGUUUUAGCGCUAGCUUGCCGUUGUCUCCACUCGAUACACCGUGAUCAGGUUCAGGCAAGCAUCGAAUUGGUGGCCAGACACUAUUCAAGUGAUUUGAGAAAUUUAAUUUUGUACCUUCUGACAACGACAAAUCGACGUGCCGUCUCGGACUUGAUGCCAAUGAUUGGCGCACGGUUCUAUAUACAACUUGACGCCCUCCAGACGCAGUGUGAUAUGCAAGACGACGAAUUGGCCAAGGAAAUGGAAAAUGGGAGACUCUAUAGACUUCUUGUGAAACUUGGAUGCAUCAAUGAACGUCCUGAGCUCAAUAUGGAUGUGACUUGGUCGGAAACUGGCGAUCGCUACAUGUUAAAACUCUUCCGCGAUUAUUUAUUCCACUCUGUGAGUGAAGAUGGACGCCCUUGGAUGGAUCAUGCACACAUUGUCCAAUGCCUCAACAAGCUCGAUGCUGGAACGAUGGAGAGGGUGCAACUGAUGUCCAGGGACGAGCAGUCGGUCCUCGUGGUGACGUACGCUGAGCUGAAGCACUGCCUGGAACAGGCAUUCGGCGAAUUGGCCGCCAACGCGUGAGAGCCGCGAAACAAUUAAUUCCUCCGAAGAAGAAAUUCUUACAUUGAAGACAUGCAGCUAAAGAUUUGUGAACGAGAACGAGCGGAGAGGGAGACAGAGAGAGAGAGAGAGCGCGAUUUAAACUUAUGGUUAACAGAGUACUUGAAGAUGAAAGUGAAGAAGAAGAAAAAAAAUAGUGUUGGUAUAAUUUAUUUUUUUAAAGAGCAAAAUGAAAAAAUCACCUAAUAAUUUAACAAGAUGAAUAAGAGGCGAAAGAUGAGGCCGUCUUAUUUGGUGAAAUAGAAGAGGAGAAGCAGAAGAUUGUCUUGGAUUUUAAAGGAUUAGUAAAAUCGCAGAGUUGCGAUGUUUUUUUUUUUUUAAUAUAAGUGUGAAUAAUUUCACCACUUUUUUACAACACGUAAAAUUCUAAAUUGAUUUAUUUGUGAUGAAAUUUCUGUCACGCGUCUCUUUAAAUACUUUCUAUAUUUUUUUAAUUCUUCUAAUUACAGUAAGAAGAUGGUAAUUUUCAAGUUUUUUUUUCUAGAUUGUUAUUUUCUUAGCAGAUAUGAAGCACUCAAGAUGGAUUUUUCUUUCCAACAAUCUUUUUUUUUUGUAACUACAAUUAAUCAUAUAUUUUGUGAUGAAGAUUUAAAUGAAUGAAUUGUCAAAGUUUGAUAGGGAGUUGAAAGUUUUUUUUUCUUUUGUAAAAUCCUUUUUUUUGCGAAAUAGAAAGUGAACUCUAUGAAGAAAAACCUUUUAUGAUUUUUUGUCUCACUUGAUCUGGGCGUGGAGAGGAGAAGAAUUUUAGUGAUUUUGCGAAGAAAACACACAUUCAAUGGCAUUUUUUCUGUUUUUUUGCACACACGACAAAACACAAAAACAUCCGUCCUGGCUGAAAAAAACAAACUGAAGAAAACGACACAUUUUCUCUUGAUGGCAUUUUUAAUGAUUAGUUGUGAAGAAACAAAAUUUCUUAUUCGCAGAAAAUUGCUAAAAUUCUACAAGAUCUUUUCUUUUUCUCUUACAAUUUCUCAUAAAUUUCACAUGUGAUUUAUUUGAAACUGAGGAUUUACAUUGCUGAUGGGCCCAAAAACAAAGGCUCUCGGGAGAUUCAUACAGUUUUGGUGGUAUAAAUCAAAAAGAAAAGAAAAACCCCUAAUUUAUUCACUCUAAAUUACAUUGCAAGGAACGAGAGGAGAUAAUGCAAAUUCUUAGGGACUUUUCAAAGAGAGAGAGAAUGGCUAUCUUGACCACUAUAAUUUCCUAUAGUUUUAACAAUUUAAAUUAAAAGAAAAAAAAUCACGUGAGGUGUGAAGAAAAAAAGUCGUUCUCUUAAAUGCAGAGAGUGGAAAUUGAACUAAAAUGUAAAAAAAAAAUGUGACGGUUUGAAAAAUGGAAAGGGCACAAAAAU